AUGACAGAAGACCAGGAGUUGAUGGCGAAGAUCAGCCAGCUUGCUGGCCAGAUCAACAGACACAAGAACCAAACGCCUCAAGUCCAGGCAAAUUCAAAUAGCGAGCUUCACGCUGCUCCGUACGUAUCGCGACACACACGGGCGCGUGCGGGGUGGGCGCCGUAUCGCGGCCGACCUUAUGGACGAGGACGUCCCGCAGCUCCCCAUCGCCACCGUACCCUCGUCCUUAAUAACGCGACGCCUAGCAACUCCGCCAGUCCAACACCAGGUCCGGCACACGAGAAUGACACCAAGACUGACUCGCGAUCGGCGACGCCGAACGGGUGGGUUGCGAAACGCGACCGCCACAUGCAGCUGAUCAACUCGGCCAUAUACGACAAGGAGGCGCAGGCAAGAGCAAAGGCUAUGGAAGAGACUCGCAAGGCUAAGACCGCGAAAAAGACACGGGUUGAGCAGGCGAAAGUUCUUCGUUACGCACAGGGUUUCGGCAGACCAUAUGAUGGCGGUUCUAUCGCUCCUCAGGUCCCCGCCACUGCUCAACCGCAGGGCGGAUAUCUGGUCUAUCUGAACGAUAUUCCUUUCCGAAUCAGCAAAGGCGGCAGCAAGCUGGUUCGAGUAUCUGAUGAUCCGAAUACUGCCAAUAUUACGCCAAAGAAAGUCACAGUUGCCGGCGUGGUUUUUGUCCGAAGCAAGAACGGCAAUCUUCAUCGUCUUGGGGCGGUUACUUCGAAAAGAAAGCCAGCAGCAGUCAGGAAGAAGAACGAGCUUUGCAAAAGAUUUACCUCGACGGGUACCUGUGUCAAAGGCCCCUAUUGUCCCUAUAUCCACGACCCAAACAAGGUUGCCAUAUGCAAAGAUUUCCUACAGACUGGUACAUGCAGCGCAGGUUUGGAUUGCGACCUCUCCCAUGAAUCAUCUCCCCACAGGUCCCCUGCCUGCGUGCAUUUCCUCAGAAAUCGUUGUUCGAAUCCAGACUGCCGGUAUUCCCAUGUUCGGGUGACACCUGGCGCACCAGUCUGCAGAGCCUUUGCAACCUUAGGGUAUUGUGAGAAGGGCGCUGAAUGCGAGGAACGACAUGUUCAUGAAUGCCCAGACUAUGCCAACAGUGGCGUUUGCCACAAAAAGCGCUGUCGUCUGCCUCAUGUUGACCGGGCUGGACAGAUCCGGAAGAACACGUCCAUCAAGUCAGAAGCUGCGGACGACGAAGAGUCUGAUGAAUCAAGCGAGGGAGAAGAGUAUGACGCCAUUGAUUCUGAUGAUGUCGACUCGGACGCGCUUGAGGAUGAACCGGAAUUUGUUGAAGGAGCUGACAGCGGCGAUCCGACGCUCUUCCAGCAGGAGGACUUCAUCCGCGUCUAG